GGGACGUUCCAGUAGUUUGUGUGGGGAUCAAGUUGGGGGGAGGUGUCUUGGGGCUCUGUGGGAGGGAACAGGUUGGGGGGAGGCUUGUUCUGGAUUGUGGAUGAAGGCCCAGGCUGUAGGGAUGUCACAGGAUGGAUGAGAGAGAUACUUUGUGGAGAUGCUUUUUAGGGUAUGUAGGGGGACAGAUUGGAAGAUUGCCUGGAGCAAUGAGGAAGGGACAGAUUGCUAGGAGAGGGGGGUGUUUCAGGACUUUGUAUAGGGGAACAAUUUAGGGGUGAGUGUCCCUGGACUUUGUGUGUGUAUGUGUGUAUUUGUGUGUGUGUGUGGCAUCGCUUGAGCUAUCCUGGAAGUGGGGAUCACCUAGUUUUUUUCCUAGUGGAGAAUGAACUGUUAGGCCUUUGGCUCAUGGAAGUAACCAGGGAUAAAGUAGCGGUCAUGUAAAAGUUGCAGAUGCCCUGGCCCCAAUUCUGUAGAUUCCAUUCUGCUGCUCCAGCCCUAACCUGUGAUGAUGUCAAACCAGUUGGGAUUCCCUUGCUCAUGUGCCUCUUCCCAUCUGCCUUUUUGGUCAUGUGUUUGUAGCCUUAGAGAUAAGGACUCCUGGAUAGUUGUCUUUAUAUUCCUAAGAUGUAUCUGUCUUUAAGCAAAUCCAGUCUACAAACUUUGAAUUUAUUCAAAAGCUUAAAUUAGGGAUUUUUUUUAAACCUUGAAUUUCCUAAUUGGUUUAUUAUAAAAUUCUUUGAGAGAACAAAUUCCCCAGUACAUUUAAAACUAGUCAGUUCACAGAAAAUCAGCUUAUCUCAACAAAUGUUAAACUGUCUACUAUGCCGAAAGCACUGUGUUAUGGGAAAUAGAAGAGCAAGACAAGGCCCUUACCCUCAAGGAACCUUGUCUAGUUGGGAAGAUGAGACAUAGACCUGUGAAAUAGGAAUGGUUUUAGGGAAGACUGUUGCCCCAGUGACAAGGCUGUCACUAUUGUUUUACACUACUUGACAUGAUGGGACCAGGCGGACCAGCUUCAGCCUGUGUUCACCUGGCAUCUAGUACUCAACUAGAUGGGAGAAGUGACCCCACAAAACUUCAGAACCAGAACCAACUGCAGUUUAAUAGGAACGUUCCUACACAUCCAAGCAACUUGGCAAUCCGAUAUUCUUGCCCACAUGCAAUUAGAAUUGAAAAACUGAAGGACUCGUACAAUGAAUCAUACCAUUGUAAAGAUGCAAAUAUUAGAUUUGAUUCUGGCCUAAGCAAUUCUAUUUCAUUUUCCAUCAUAUCAGAAGAGAGACUUAGCUAUGCUGUCCACCUAGCCAAAAGAGAUGUGAAACGAAGACAACUUGAAGAACAUAUAAAAGAAUAUCAUUUCAGAAGUCAGCCCCAAAGCUCUCAGAAAUGUGGACACACUAAGUAUAAAAUAAAUGACCACAGGGAGGAAAGGAAGGAAUCAAAGAGUCAAGAGCUUUGUCACUGCAGCCAUCAGCCAUCCAAAGUGGAAAUCUCCAACUCAGGUGCCAAGGUAUACCUGUAUGCAUCUCAUCCAGGACAGUCAUACUUUGCUGUGCCAAAUUCACCACCCAGUCGGGAUCCAGGCCUUCAGCCACAUUCUAGGAUAGGUGACCACACAAACUCAAGUGAACAGAAAAGUCUGCUAGAAGUCCAGCGACUCCAGAAAGAAUUGAGCAGUUGUAUCCACAAAAUUGAAGAGGUAGCUAAAAAAGAUAGACUAGAAGAAGCUUUGGAUCCAGAUGAAGAACGUCGAGUCCAUAUCAGGAGACAGGAGCAAGCUGUUCGUUCUGCCCGAAUGCUCUAUGUCCUCCAGCAACAGGUUAAAGAAAUCCAGGAAGAAUUGGAUAAAUUGAGUCCACAUAAAAUUAAACACACUAAGAAGUCAAGGACAGUGUCUAGGCUGGCGGCUGCCCAUCGGGGAGCCAUUCGGGCCUUACAGAUGUUUGUCACUCAGUUUACUGACAGAGGCGAGCAUCCAGUUCCUGCUCAGUGUAGGGAACUGGGCAGCCUUAUUCGCCAGCUUUCACUUUGUUCUGCCAAGCUGGAUUCUGAUCCUUCUGUUCCUGAUGUGGUUAUAGAUAUUCUGCAACAAAUUGAGGCUUUGGAAUCUCUCCUGGAAAAGAAACUGUCACCAAAAAAGGUGAAGAAAUGUUUCAGUGAAAUUCGGAGCAGAUUUCCUGUUGGUAGCCAAACAACCUUAGAUACAUGGCCAAGUACAUUACCGAAGAGUGAGAGGAGACCUUUUGUAGCAAAGGAGACAUUUCCACAGGAAAAAAGUCGACCUUCAGUGGCAAAGAUGCUUCUUGCUGAUAAGUAUCAGCCUGAUAUAGACCUUCCAGUGACCCAGAGGUUGGAAAGCGAGCUUGAUUUAUUAGAUGUGAAUAUCCUUCCGGAAGACGCCCCAUUUAUUGUGGACCAAAGUGCAAGCUUCAAAGAUGAGACAUUAGCUCUGGCCAAAACAAAAGCAAUGAAAAAGAAGUCUGUGACUGAGAAUGUGCCAUUUAGGAAGAAAGAUACUCUGGCGCCAGCAAGACUACAGCAACAACUCCACAAAGCUGAAAGAAGUAGACAAAGCCAACCUCACAGUAAAAUCAGGUUGCAACAGACAACAGUCUCAUCCAGAUUAAAAAUGAACCGGCAGCCUGUGAGAGACCACAGGGCUCCUUGGAUGCCUACGAACCCCACAUCCCCACCAGCAUCUCCUAAAUGUGCUGCAUGGCUAAAGGUGAAGUCUAGCCCUCAAGAUGCCACAAGAGAGUUUCUCCGCCAAGAAGAUACUACAGAGGAGAGUCCAUUGAGAGGUGUUAUUGAGCACGAAGCAGCCAGGCUCGCUUGGCUUGAUGCUGAAACUUCCAAAGGAUUGAAGGGACCAGAAGAAUUAAAAGCCAAAGAAAUGGACAAAAUGCAAAAACAGAGGCUCGACUGGCUUGAUGCUGAAACGACUAGAAGAACAAAGGAACUGAAUGAACUUAAAACUGAAGAAAUGGAUAGACUUCAUAAAUUGAGUGUUUCUGCCACCCAGUUAGUGGACAAGGUAGAGGAGGCAGUUUUGGAGCGUUUGAAGCCUCUCUUGGUCAAGGCCCAGAAAGUCAAUUCUUCUACAGAAGCAAAUGCUCAUUUGAAGGAUGGUCUAUCAGUAAACACAACAGCAGCCCAGCCUGCAUAUGAGGCUACAGCUGUUGAUUCUGAAUCUAACAACAUUCGUCAGCUGGAUGAGUUUUUGGAAGAUACCGCUCAUGAGCUCUGGGCUAUGACUCAUACUAAGAUCUUGGGGUCUGAAACCUUCACCGCCCUGGGGGACAACCCAGAUUUGGAGAUCAUGAUGCACCGUAUGGAAGAAAUGGAAAAAUACCAGGAGUCAGUUCGUCAAAGAUAUAAUAAAAUUGUAUAUACUGAUCCUCAUUUUUGGAUGCAGGAAGAAAAAAAUGACAAAAUAAUCUCAGCAGUAAAUGAAAACCCUCUGCCUCCUCAUCCAAUCAGGAUCACAAAUACAGUAGCUCGCAAGGACCCAGCUGUGAGCAUCGUGCUGGAAAGGCCCUGUAAUGGCAAUUCCCUGAAUGAAAGUGUGGGAACAGAAGAGGGAUCAGAGAAAAGAGAGGCUCCCCAUCUCUCCCUUGCAGAUGAUUCUCAGCAGAAAGAAGGCCAAACCCCCCUCUUUGUCCCACUGGGUAUGCGUCACAGCAUUGGUGACUACUGUAGCCGUUUUGAGCAGUACCUCCGGUUCAUAUCUCAUGAGCCCAUAGGCUCCUUCAACCCAUGGCUGAUAGCUGAAAGCUUUUCAGAAGAGCUGGUAGAUGAAGCUUUGGGGGCCGUGGCUGCUGAACUGCAGGAUAUGUGUGAAGAUUAUGCAGAAGCCGUGUUCACCUCAGAAUUCUUAGAGGCUGCUGUAUAAAGGCUUUCCAGGGCAGGGCCCACUCAUCACACUGGAGAGGGAUGGCACCACCCUUUGUUUCCGCCCACCGGAGAUGCUUGUCUUCAGCUGCCCAUCCAAGCCCAGAAGGUGCUGCCCACUGAAAGGAAGGCAGUGUCCUUGAGGUCAUCCUCACCUUGCAUUUUCUCUUAGUCAUAGCAGUGGUUCUGGAGGUUUAUGAUGGAAUGUAUUACAUGUAUCAGUGCCCAGGAAACAUGAAUCAAUUAUGGCAACAUAAUGUUUUCAGACUGUAUAAUUUUCCUAUGGAAAUAUUGUGUUCAUUCCUCUGACUCAGUGUGAUGAUCACAGUGUUUUGAAAGGUAAUAGAUACGUGUAUUUCACACAUGAGGGCUGGUCGCCAGUUGCUCUUGAACUCAGUGCCACCUAUUAGCUGGUGAGGACACCAGGCUCAUGGUUUGUAUUUUUAGUGAUUUCCUGCCAGGACCCCUGUGCCUACUAGGUCAUAGACUUGAGCACAGUUUGGUUAUGCUGCCAACCUGCUCUGUUGCAGAUCAUUAAAAAUAGGAGCCCACCAGUUAUCAGCGCACAAUAAUAAACACACAUUCUGAACAUUCUUUUAAUGUUCAGUUCCUAGGUGAUUUUCACAUGUUUAGUUCCUCGACAUCUUUUAUUGCUGUGUUGACACUUUCUGGUAUAAAAAUCUUUCUCUGAAUUCAGAGGAUAUUCAGGGACAUCAGGAGAGUACCAGGCCUUCUCCUGUGCCUGGCUAGAGGUACAGAGGUCAGAAGUGGAGAACAAAUGAAUGGGUGAAGACCUCUGGGUCUCCCCAAAGAAAGUAAAGAACUCAAGAAUUGUAGUACCUUGGUCCCUGAGCCUCUUACAAGUCAUAGUUUAGCAAGAGAAAAGCCUCUAUGUUUUCAGAAACUCUGAAUUCAGAAAAAGAAAAGGAAUGUGCCUAAGAAUAAGGCCACUGUCUGGAAAAAGUUUCCUUCAGUUUUUUGCCUGAGGCAUGGUGAAAUGUGGAGAAAGAAUGCCUUGAGACACCCCCAGGGAAUAAUGUGAGUCUUUUUAUAACACGUAAAGUGUUGUUAUCUGGGAUUUUUUUUGAAGUACAGUAUUUCAGGUGAUAAUUUGAGCUGUUUGAUCACACCUAUUUGUGCAAAAUUGAUUUUCGUUUAAUGUUAAUGUUUUCCUGCCUAAUUUUAUGUAACUUCAGAAUUUAAAGAGCUUCAAGAGAAAUUACAGCUCUCUAAUCUGGGGAGUUAAAUGUGUACACUUGAAUUGAUAGGAGCACCUGUCGUUGCUAGUAUAAAGUAAUUUGUGUGGCAGUUUCUACUGUGCUGAUUUUUAAGAAUAAACUCAAUAUUUUAAAGUA